UAUAUUUUAAAAUUUACAAUAACAAAAUAGAUUACGAAAAGUUUUUGUGACAAAAUGAGAUGUAUGAAGCGUGCAACACUCUUAGCGGAAUUCCAACAAGAAUCGUUUGCCUAGUGAUGUUGCUUUCCCUUUCGUUACCGAGUAACACAACAAAUGUGGCAAGUCAAAUGAGUUUAAGUCAAGAACGUAAAAUAACCCGCAAUGUGCCAUAUAAAGAGGCAGCUAGCUGGAAGAGAAUGACCCGAAGUGAAAGCAAAGUGGAUGUUCAGCGCUUAUAUGAUGCCUAUAGGCAACGGUUCAGAAAGGAAAGUGAUGAUCCUGAAGAGGACGAUAUAGGUGGAGAUUUGAAAGAAGUUUUGACCAAUGAAAAGGUUGAGGAUAUUAAUGAUAAAGCUGAUAUUAAGUCAAACAAGAAAGAAACCCAAUUGCACCUGAAGAGUCCUACCACAAUAAAGACUGAUGAGCUUUCGAAGAAGGAAGAGGAUUCUAAUAACAAUGUUGAGAUUGAAACUGAUCCUAAAUCUAUAAAGAAGAAAACUCCCCUGAAUAGGCCUCCGGGUAAUAAAGCUGAUAUGAAAAAUAAUCUUAAACCUAUAAAGAAGGAAAACCAAAUACCAUUGGCUAGAACUUCCACAGAAAGUAAAGUCACCAAUGAACGACCAAAGGCAAUGGAGGUAAGGAAAAAGCCAGAGGUAAAGAGUCCUGCUGUAAGUGGCAUGGUCACAAUGAAAUUGGAUGGGCCUCCUCUUAUGGGAAUUACCUCUUCGAAAGUUCUACCUCCUCAUGCUGGAUUCAAGCAACAACUUGAUGAUAGUGAUCGUCAAAUUUUGGAAUUAAAUCGCAUAUAUCAUGAGAUGAUGAGUGCAUUUCAAAAGACACUUUCCAUCUCCGCUGGAAAAUCAUCAAUGACCAAGCCCGUACACCUAAGUCCGAUCACACAAUUAGUAAAUAUUUUCAAACGCUUAUCACACACAGAUCUGGUGGGUGAAAUAGCCAAGAAGAUCAAUGAUGAAAUGGAGCUAGAGAUAAACCAACCAAUUCUGGAGAAUACACAAGAUGUUAGUCUGGUGGCAGCGGACAAUUCCUUGAUGAGUCAGUGUGAAAUAAAAGAUACCGAUGACAUUAAUGAACUAUUCGAUCGCAUGGAUCCAAGAAGGGCUUCUUCGGUAUUCAAACGAGUGGCCAAUGAAAUGAAGGCGGUUCGUCCACUCAUCAAGUCUGGAGGUCUUUACGAUGAGUACAAGAAGCGUCUGUUUAAAAUUCUCAAAGAGCAAAAAUAUCCGCGUCGGUCUAUAACUAGUGAUCCGAUCGAAAGUGAAUCUAGUCAAAAAUUAAUUAAGAAAACUACGGAAACUCGGUUACGUGAAGGGGCGGAAAUGCCCACCAAAUCAUCGGUCAAGAACAAUAAUUAUCUCAAGGCACUGGAAACCUAUAUCAAAACUAAUAAGGAAAGUCAACUUAAUGGUGGCAUUAAACCUUACUAUUUGCCCAAUUCAAAGAAUCGACAAUUGGUUUGGAAUGAGGUUCCCUUGCUGAAGCCAAAAGAAGGCGAAUCCCCAAAGAAAUCAGAUCAAAAAUCUGCGGGUCUAAAGGAGGAUCAUAAAAAACCAAUCACAAACAAUAUUUAUUCCGGCAUUGAGCCCCAACAAAUUGAGAGCGGCAUAAAAGCCUUGAAGCAUUCUUCUCUUUUUAGCCUCUUGGAUGAGUAUGAAAAACAAAUUAAUGAUAUUAAUCAGGCUCUGCAGGCAAAGCAACGUUGGUGGAAGGAAGCCUUGCCUAAAGAUAACCCCAAUAGUGGCAAUGCCCAAGGAUUUGUACCCUCCAAAGAUGACCAGCUGACCAGCUGCUUACAGGAGAGUCCCGAAAGGGCUUUUGUAAGUUCAAACACUUUUCCAGGAGUUCUCUUAGAUUUGCCUGCUGGCAUGAACUCUCAGCAGCCGAUUGGAGGUAAUGUCAUUGAUAAUUUGGCCAGUCAAAUGAAACUGUCACCUUUGGAGUUGGCCCAACGAAUAGCCACGGCAGCAAGUUCCGCAACGGGUCAGAGCAUGCAGGGGAUUGGGAUGGUGAUGCCUUCAACACCGCCGCCUCCUCAGGCAGCUACUGUGGCAAGCCAGAUAAACGUAAACCAAAUGGCAAAUGCUACCAAGGCCACCACAGAGAACCAAGGUCAGACGCCCAAUCUGGCUCCCAUAUUAGACAAGAUUCUUCAACGUUUGGAAACUAUGAAGGAUAUGAAAUUAAAUCAGGCUGAAGAAUCAAAUGCAAAUCCAUUGCCCUGCUGUUUUGCUGAACCCUCCGAUGGUACUCCUUGUGAUUUGAAUGGAUCUUGGGAGUCCUUGCUGUUGGGUAUACGCAUCAAUAUCAGAGGAACCACAAAGGGAAGCGGAAGCGGAAGCGAAGAUGAAGUGACGAAACCCACGUGCGCCCAACCCAAGAGGAAAUCAUCUGCAAGCCUCUCUAGCCUUCAUCGUCAAUGGCGACAAUGCGUCAAGAUCAAUAGUACACAAAUCAAAGCACUUACUCCCGGUCUAGCACCCACUUUUCAGUGGUUGAACAUUACCAUUCAGGAGACAACACCGCCAAAGCAGCAUGAACUUAUUGAUAACAUUACGGAGUGGACCUUUUCGGGUUACACCCUGAAUAUAUUGGGCGGACCCAUCAGUUUGUCCUGCCGACGCACCGAUUCCAAUUUGAUUGGAACAUUUGUCGGCUAUUGCCGUACUUGCGGCUGUGUGGACACGGUCUUUGGCUCAUGGACUUUUUGUCAGCCUUCGCGUGACUGUCAGGACAUUACCACAUCCAUUUUCGAUAGACGGGACAUGCUCAGACGCUAUAGCAUGGAGGACAAGAGGACGAGUCGUUUUAAGGAGCAAUUAUAUUUGCGUAGCAAAUUUGCCCAAAUGGAAAAGAAUCGUCAGCAAGCCAAACAAAUUGCCUUUGAUAAGGUUCAAGCCUUUCCGCCCCCCCAGAAUGAGAACAUACAUUCCCAGCCAGGACCUGUCCAGGAUCCGCAUCAAACUCGACCAAUUUUCCAAUCAUUAUACUAGUUAAAUUCCUUUUUUUUUAUAUAUUUUUUGUGUGUUUAUUUUGAUAAACUUAUUCCGUCAAAGA